AUGGGUGCCAAAUUAACCAAAGCAAAAAGUGUAUCAAUAUUAGGAAAAACCAAAGAUGAACAGAAAGAAGCAAUUACAGCUAUUGAAAAAACGAGCAAUCAUCUUGAUUUGACAACAAUUGAAAAUAAUAAACCAUCAAAGAAGAAAAAUAAAAAGAAAAAAGAACAAAAAUCAAAUAAAAAAUCAUCUACAAAGAAGAUAGACAAGAGUACAAGUACAGAAAGUUUUAUGUUAUCAUCACCAACAAUCACUGAACAAUUGGUCUGUGAUCAGACACCUACAAUAAACAAAAUUGUUUCGUUGAAUACAAGUACAGAUCAAGUAAAUACAGCCUAUCAACGUGAAAUUCCAAAUAAAGAUGUAGAAGAACUUCGAAAUGCUUUUAUUCGUAAUGGUAUCAUGUCUGCUGAUUACCAGGUUGAUAAUACACAAAAUUCAAAUGAACAAGAAUAUCAAGCAAAUAUUUUGAAUAUUACUGAAGAAUCUUUAAAUAAUACUUCACUAAUUAACAGAUUGUGUCGACGAAACAACUUUUUUUUUAUGAUCGAACUCAUUUUUCAAUAA